AUGACGACCCUUAUCCCCCGCGAGGCGUACUCCCCCGAGGAGCUGCAGCGCCUGUAUCCAAAGGGCCUGAAGCUGCAAUUGGUACAAGUGUUCUUGCGUCAUGGCGAGCGUACGCCUGUUUCUUCGCGAUUUCAAAAUACAGGCCUGAGCCCAUACUGGCCCUAUUGCGGCGUCGCGAGACGCAUGGUUCAGAUGGCUGCUGGCAACCAGGACCUCUCCUCAUGGAACGGGUUCCAAUGGCGGCGGAAGAUGGAGGCCUUUGGUGAUAAUGACGAGGCAAUUGUCGCUACAGGACCUGGGGAUGAAAUUGAGGCCAUGUGUACGCACGGUGAACUCACCGACAAAGGUCGCGAGACGACCUAUGCGCUUGGCACGCGUCUGCGCCAUUUAUACAUCGACCAGCUCGGCUUUAUGCCCAAGAUCAAGUCCGAUACGGAGGACAUGUACCUGCGCGCCACGCCGAUUCCCCGUGCUCUGGAGUCCCUGCAGCAGGCCUUCUGGGGCAUGUAUCCUACCAGUGCACGCACGCAAGAUUUCCCUCCGCCCGUCAUCGUCGCUCGCUCUGUGACCGAGGAGACGCUUUUCCCUAAUGAGGGCAACUGUCGCCGGUUCCGACAGCUUGCUCGCCUCUUUGCCGAUCGUGCUGCGACUAGAUGGAACAACUCUGAACAAAUGGACUACCUGGACAAACUCUGGUCCAAGUAUAUGCCCGAGACAUCCCCCAGGGUGGCUGUGGAUGCUCACCCCCGUCUCUCGGGUAUUAUGGACACUAUCAACGCUACUGAUGCGCAUGGCCCGGCUACUAGGCUCCCUUCGGAGUUCUACGACAAGAAGGGCCGUGCGAUUUUGGAUCGCAUUGCAGUUGAAGAAUGGUUUGCUGGUUAUAACGAGAGCAGCGAGUAUCGCAAGCUCGGUAUCGGCGCUUUGAUGGGCGAUGUUGUCGACCGUAUGGUCAGCACAGCUGUGGAUGGUGGCUGGCGUAGUGAGAGCUCUGCAUCUGGAUCUGGAGUUCCUGAGGCUGGCAAGUCCAUCAAGUUUGCCAUGAGCGGAUGCCACGAUACCACCCUUGCAGCUAUCUUGUCCAGCGUUGGCGGUUUCCAAGAUGAGUCUUGGCCGCCCUUCACUUCCUCGAUUGCCAUUGAGCUCUUUUCCCAGCCUCCUAGCAAUGCUAUCCAUGCUGGUAAUACGCUUGAGGAAUUCUCCAACCCACCCGUCACCGCUAAGAAGCCUGGUGUCCUUUCGUCUCUUCUUGGUGGUGGCAAGUCGGCAUCUAAGCAACUGGCUCCCUCCGAGACUGCUCGUGCCCCUGUGACAUCUUUCGCCGAGGAGACCCGUGAUGCCCUUCGCAAGCACUACGUCCGUAUUCGCUAUAACGACCGCCCCGUGCGCAUUCCUGGCUGCGCUGCUAAGGCUGAGAACCACCUUCCCGGUGACGACACCUUCUGCACAUUGGACGCCUUCAAGGAGAUUGUCGACAAGUUCACACCCAUGAAUUGGCAGAGCGAGUGUGUCGCGAACCUGGGUGCUGGUCUGCAUGGCCCUAACGACGAGGCCCGCGCUGCCGCCGGCUUCUAG